CAUCAUAUUCCCCAACCUCUUCUCUCUUCUCUUCUUCACUACAUCGCACUAGCCUACAGGACAACAAUCAUUCCACUCGACAUGCCUGACAAAGCUGCUCGUACCGUCAUCUACAAACCUGACCCUCAUGGGCCGGAAUAUCUCGUCUUCGUUGAUGACGUUGUCGAGUAUGAACGAUGGAAAGCUGGUGAUAGAUCCAUCGCUUUGGCUCUAAUCAUCGGUAAAUUCGCGAUCUAUAGCGCCCUCAAAGGCCACACCGGUCCUCUGAACGAAGUAUCGCGUCAGGAAAUCGAAAAUGUCUUCUUUGGCGGUGAAAAUAACGUCAAGGAUAAAUCCGUCGAAGCUGCGAUUGUCAUCAUCCUCGAGAACGGAAAGCUCCACACUGGCGAUCUCUCUCACAGCCAGAAAGAAACCUUCAACGCUUCCAGGGGCGCAGGAGAGGUUCGUGGCAUCGGAGCGGGUCUUGGCUCCCACCGAUGAGGUCUUAUCACCAUUACUUACUUCACCGAUGACAUCCAGCCGGCGAGAGGUUGGAUGGGGAAGAAGAACGUAGUCAAGGAAGAAUCAAGUAAAAUGACAAAUUAUGCAAAUGCGAAUGUGUGCAUA